AUGUCCAGUGCCCCCGGGACCACAAUUGCAAAGAUGGCCCAACUCCAUGCACAGAUGGCAGAGGCCAAGUGUCAGCUCAAGGCGGAGCAAAAAAGGGCAGAGGAGGAAGCAAAACAGGCAGUAGAAGCCCAGAGGGUCAAGGAGGAAAAACAGUGGGUUGAGAGAGAGGAGGAGAAGGCGGAGAAGGAGGGGGAGAAAACAAAGGCGAACAUGUGCCUGGACUGUACUCCAGAGAGUGAAGUUUUUGCUAGCUGCCUCGAUGUUGGCGGUCGUCGUGAAAUUGCAGGAGAUUGGACAAUUGAGCUUCCUGCCAACAUGCUUAUGCCAGAAAACACCAUAGACUCAUUAGUCAAUGCUACUUAUCCUGGAAUUGCAAAUGGAGACCAAGUUGACCAUUAUUUCCUCCACCGCACCAUCCUCUCUGCACAAAAUGAUGCCGUUAGCGACCUUAAUUCAGCAAUCCUCACAAAAUUCCCUGGAAAAGAGUUAGUAGUUCUGUCAAUUGAUAAAGUGUAUCUGGCCCUCCUGAAGUGCACCUCAAACUUAAAGCUGGAUGUCCGCUUAUGCUCCUCUGCAAUAUUGAUUCCCUAA